ACUUCCUGUUGCUCAGAUUAGGGACUAGAUCCCUGUUUCAACAGCGCUGCGAAAUUGCAGCAUGCAACCGGCGGUCCCUUCAACAGAUUCUCCUGUCCUUCGAGGAUUUCCCUUGCCCUCUGAUCAGAUUGCUGACCCUUCUCGGGAGACAGCAGUUAGCUUCGAGUCUCAGCUUUAUGAGGCCGAGCCCCCCAAAACCCCGCUUAACCCGGUCUUAACCCAGUCAACCAGUCCUAGUGGAGGAACUGGUUUGGCUGAACUCAAGGGGUUUCGUUUGGGUGACGUCGACAACCCCCGGGGAACAGCUGUCAGCUUUGCUGCGGGUUAUCAGCCAGGGGCAUCAACACCGGAAGUCAAAACCCGCUCAAUACUGUCCGACGUCCCUGCACCCCGGCCCCUAAAACCUCCCCCUGACCAGCUCAAAAGACGGGCCGACGCUGACCCCCCGGUGCUAAAGGGGUUUCGUUUGACACCGGAUGAGGCCCACGCCCGCGACGCCGCGCUGAGCUUCUUCAGAGGCAGCUCCCCAGGGAGUGAAGAACCGUUGCAAUCGCCAGCCUCAAACCCUUCCUUCGGGGGGGGCGUUUCCUCCUUUUCUCACCCCCCCGCAAGUCACGCCUCGGCAGUGGCACCGAAGCAAGGGGGUGAUGUCGAGUCGCCCGUUCUGAGGGGUUUCCGGCUCCCCGACGGGGGCCCUUCCAGCCCCCCCACUAGAGACGCCGCAGUCAGUUUCGAUGGGCCGCAGUCUCCAGCGGUCAUUUCACACCGCCCGUUGCUGCGCCCUGUCACAGAAGACCCCCCCUCCGCCCCCGACGUCGGCCUCUGCAUCGUUCUAACUGCCGACAGUUCCCCAAACCCCAGCCUCGGGAACUCCUUCAACAGUCCCAAAACCAUAAGCCCUGGAAACACUAGCCCGGCUGGUCGGUCAAUCAUCAGCCGGGGAGAGGGGCUCGGCGGCCUGCCCAAGGGCCGGCUGACGUGGAAUGAUGUCAUCAAUGGGGCUUCUGAAGAGAAUGCAGGGACGGGCAAGGGGUUAGGCGAAGCAGGUGCCACUGAAGCGGCAGAUGCAGAUUGCGGAGAGGAGUCUGAUGACGUCAGCGAUGGACAAGAGGAACCGGAGGGCGUAGUGUUCAAGCGGGUUGUGGCGGAGGGGGAUGAUGUCACCCUAGGUGCGGGGGCGCGCAAGGGCGAAGAUGAUGACGUCAGCACGGCCGAGGUGGGGUCAACGUCAGAGAGCCGUAUGGGAAGAAAUGACGUGAAGCUGACCUUAGAUGUCGAAAAGGGAGGUUUCAAAGGAGUGGUUGCAUCCGGUCAAAGGAUGGGAGCGGAGCAAGGGCAGGGGAUGAAGGGAGGGGGAAGCGACACAAAAGAGGACGGAACGGCACAGCUUCAAGGGAAGUCUGCAGCAGCGUCGGGGAGCCCAUCCGGUCCCGUAGAAAGAAGCGUGGAGUCGCUUGAAGAAGAUUGGCACGGGGAAGGGGAGGCUGAAACGGAGGCGGCAAGGGGCAGCGGAUCGAGAUAUAAGGUCACAGGGAACGCUUGGACCGGGAUGGAUCUGAACGGAACGGAUUGGGGCAGACCGGAACCGACGGGAGUGCAACGGACUACCGGUGGGAAGCGGCCGGACGCGCAGCCGCAGAAGGAGUGGGCGGACUCCCAUGAGGACGUCAACGAGCCGGUCAUCUCAGCUGCACGGGCGUUCAGUCCGAAGCAGAAGGCGCCAGUUUUAGGGUCACCUUUUCGGGCCGAGGGCCUGCGUUCCGGGGGGGAUGUGUCGAGGUCACCCAGCUUCGAAAGGCUGCCGAGCUUUUCGGACAGGGAGGGGUCCGAAGUCGUGUCCGCAGCGAAGGCGUUCAGCCCGAAAGGGGGGGGUAAGACCAGGCUGGGGAGUACGGAAAAGUCGGCCACUCAGGACGAGGAGGAGACGGGGGCGAAGAACGGGCGGCAGAGUGUCGAUGGUCGGGGGCACAACGCGCACGGGUCUGCAGAGUUCGAGCAUAUUGCUGAACAUGUUUCAGCUGCCAGCUUGGAAGCAUCCGGAGAUAGUGCUGGAGCUGUGACUUCAUCGCGGGUGACGUCAGCGGAGGUUGCCGGUGAUGUCAGCGGGGAAACGGGGGGGCAAGGCCACGGGAGAGAGCCAGGAAGUGGGGUUGUGAAGCCGGGGGCCAAGGGCGGGACGGCCAAAGAGGUGCCAAGCAAGCGGGUGCUCAAGGAAAUCGUCUGGGAAGGAAACGGGAGCGAAGUUUCGCAUGAGGAGGGAAAGGGAGUUCGUGAACCUGUCGCGGCGACUGGAACGGCUCUGCCGGGGAGCGAGCCUGGCUCCAAGCAGAAGGCGGCCCCUCCAGCAAUGGAGCCAAAACCUGCGGUCAAAGAACCCGGUGAAACACCCCGGCCGAAGCCUCGGCGGCGCAAACCAGAGGGGAACGGCCCGGUUGUUGGCAACCGGGACUCGGGAUCACCAGACGGGUUGACUCUUCUCGCUGCUCAGUACGAGGAUUCGCCUCCUCGGAAGGUCCCUCCUUCAGAGCCAUCUCAAGCAUCUCGGCCUCAGCAAGAACAUGUCUUCAGACCAGCGGGAGAUGCAGUCAGGGGCGUGGAUAGAAUUAGAGAAGGGGGGCGGAUCUUGAGUCCGGAAAGCGGCGCCCGUAUUCCGAAAACGGUCCACUCGGGCGCAAACCCCCCUGUCAAACGGAGUCAGCCUAAACCCCGGUCAGAAGAAGUCUGGAGCGAGGACGGGGGAUGGACUGGAAACACUAUGGACGCUCCUUCGAGUCCGGACACGCUUCCAACGGGUACGAACUCCCCUAAGAAGCAGACUCAACCGAGGCCCCGGGUUUUAGAGUCUGCUCCAGGAUCCCCACUUAAAGCCGGAGAGUCUCCGAGAGCGCCUCGGAAACCGGCGCCCAAACCCUCAAACUCCGCCAGCGAGCCCCCGCCAACGGCUUCCUUGAGCACAGGGGGGCAAACCAAGCAGCAAACCGCACCCCCCCCUGCAAAGCGUCCAGCCAGACCCCCUGGUUCGGAGGACGGAGCACCCGGUUCAAACAGGCCUGGUCUCGGAGAAAUAGGGGGUUUCGAAAACACGGUGACCCUCCGCCCGGUAAAGACCAGUCGCCCCGACUCCAGCGGCCAAGAUAUACCCCGUACUCAACCCUUGAGCCCAGCCCCUUCAAGCAGUCCUUCUCAUGUGGGUAUGUUCCCUGGUUUGAACGCUGCUGCGCGACAAUCGGCCCGAAACACUCCGGACGAUUCGGACCAUCUCAGAAUGCCGGAGCUUUCGGUCAGCCCCCGCGUCGCGCCUGCCAAUCGCCCAAAGCCUCACCCCGUCCCCGGUGCAGGAAGCACUCCCCGGGCUGCGCCACGUGGCAGCCACGUGGCUCCACAUCCGCCGCCGUCGGACCCACCCCGGGCUUCGAAUGCUGCCCCCGGAAGCGUGCCACGUGGCAGCCACGUGGUUUCGAACCUCCCUGCAGGUUCUGACACCCCCCGGUCUUGUGACGCUCCGAUGACAGACCCGUACCUCCUUUCCGAGCCCUACAAGCCCAGCACGUUCGGGGCCCCUGCCCGUCCCACUUCGGGGGGGCGCCCGCUCACUGCAGAACGCCCCCCCAGCGCGGACACGGCCAGCCGGUACACGUAUAGUGAACGGCCAAUCAGUGCGGAGCGGUGGGUGGCGCCAUCAGAGUCUGAAACCCUAACCCAUCCUCCAAACCCGCCUGAGAACCUGCCGGGCAAUCACGCGCGCUCUUUCCCGCCCGAGUUGGCGCACGUCCUUCCAUUCCCCUUCUCUGGAGUGCCGCCCAUGUUGGGACACGUGGCAGCACCUCACUGGCCGCUGGCGCUGGGGCCGGACAGUCAGUUUGUUAGGUCGUCGAGUGAGGGUUUUGGUGCAGUAGCCUCGCUUAACCGGAAUGGGUUAUUCCCCUUCCUGGAUCCCUACCAACAGCUGCAAGCGCAGUUGAUGCAGCAGUACCCCGGGAUUAGCUUCCCCCCGCCCGGUUUGGGGAACCCGUACGGAAGCCCGUUGACUAAACCCGAAAACCCUCUGCCCGCGCACGCGUAUACGCCCAGCCUUUCGCACCUGCCCGCCCCGUCUCAAGAGUUUCCACACCCACAGAGUCAGCCCCAAACCGGUUUGACCCAAACCCCUUUUGCGCACCUCCAAAGCAACGCACAUCCAUUUGGUUCGUUCCCUAACCCCGGGCUCCAGUAUCCCCCCUUUUCCCACCCCUACUUUCCGUAUGGCAUCCCUCCUCCUUUCUACUCCCCCCCUCCUUCUGUCUUCCCCUUCGCUUCUGCAUCCGGGCCACUCAGUCAGGGUUCUGAAGCGGGGACUUCGCAGGGGGGUCCAAUUGCCGGCAGUUUUGUCCCCCCUCCGGAGCCCAGGUCUGCAAGCCGGGAGGGGUUGGACAGGAGCGCGUCUGCCCGAAGCGAGCUUCUGAAGGCUAGGGACACCGCAAUCCAGAGGGCGCAACAACGGGCUUCCAGAAAAGAAGCAUUGGUUCCUCCUCAACCUGUGACCAAACCCCCCGAACCAAAGGCACCCCCCCCGCCAGAUCUGAACCCUCUGAAACCCGCAAGUUCGGACCCCACAGGAAGAGCAAGAUCCUUAGCAGGCUCCGCACCUCGCAAAACUUCCAUAACCCAGAACCCCAAACCCCUGGGUCCUUCAAAAGUGGUACGGUCCCUAGAGUCGACGUCAGCGAAACAGCAACCACGGGUUGUCGUUGGCUCUGACGUCGUCCCUCCUGUGGCUGCCCCGUCAUCCAGACGUCAGCAAGCGCCUAACCUCCACACCAACCCCCUCACAAACCCUCCCGUCAACCCCUCCACAAACCCUCAGCAUAACCGGCUGCCAAACCCGGCUCCAAACCCUCCUCAUAUACCGGGGCACCCCCUCCAUGCGGCGUCGGAAACCCUCCCCUCAUACGACGACUUCCUAGAGUUUCUCCGCUUCCGGUCGGCUCUUGCGGCCCAAGCACCAGGCGCGCUGACGUCAGCAUCCGCGCUCGCCGCCGCCUUCUCUCCUGCUGCCCCCCACCCCGGCUCGCUAAUGGAGGGUAUGCAAGGGUCAGCUAACCCGUUCGGAGGUGCGCUGACGUCAGCAGUCCCGAACGCCCGUCCGCCAGCAGGUCUCCCCGUACUCCCAAGCGGGGCGUCUCGGAAAGCAGCCCAGGCUGGGCUGCUGACGUCAGCAACGGCUCGGGGGCGCGCCGCCGCUGACCACCAAAAGCUCGCAUCGGCCGCUCGCACGAUCCAAACGCUAUGGCGGGAGCAUAAGCUGUUGAAGCGGGAGCGGCGCCUCCGGGAGGCCCCCGAGCGGCGGGCCGGGAUGCUGCUGACGUGGCGCUUCCGGGCGCGCUUUUUGCACUUGAGAAGGGUCGCCGUUUUCCUACAGUCCCUCCGCAGGGGAGUGCUCUCGCGCCGGCGCUUCUGGGCGACACGAAAAGCGGUUCGGAUCAUUCAGAGCGGCUGGAAGCUCUUCCGGGCCUCACUCAGCGGAUGGCAGCGGGGGAAGCUUAGAGAGUUGCGGGACUUCUAUCGUUACGUGAGGGAGAACCUGGAGGUGGUGGGGUUGGAAGCGCCGUCGUUUCGAAGCUUUGCGCGGCUGAUGGAGAGACUGAUGGCCGCCACGGAAGGGGCGCGUGUGCGGCGUCGAUUGCGGGGCCGGAAGGCGAUCGCACUUGUCAGUGAGAUGCGGGAUAUACGGGACCUCUUGCGGCAACUAGAGGUGGAGAAAGCGCGGGGCGGUGCCACGCCCGACCGCCAGCUGGAAAAGACGCUCCGUGUGCAGCUCCGCCAGAAGCACGUCCUGCUCGAGAGAGCCGCGCACACCCCUCUCCUCUCUAGUUCCCCGUCCAAUGUGAAUACGCCCCUCUCAUCCCCGCACCCGAGCUCAGCUGGGUUUGGACGCAACCAAAGGGGAUUUGGACGCAACGGAAGGGGGUUCGGACCGGAUCAAAGCGGCUCCGGACGCGAUCUAGCGAGAGUCGGACGGACUUCGGUGGAACCCGGGCGGAAUUCGGGCGGCUUUGGACGGAAUCCGGAGGGGCUCGGACGCGACCAAAGCGUUCCAGACGCACUGCGCGCGUGGGCGUCCGGAUCCGUCGGCGGACAUCCAGAAGAGCGGCGCCGGUCCUUGUUCGAAAACGGCAGCGGCAACGGACGGGCUCCCAGGAGCACUUUCGAGAAAAACGAGGCGCUGGCCGCCGCUUAUGCAGAAAACUCCCGCUCUAGUUUUGCGAGCAGCGCAAACCCUAGCCGCGCCUUUUCACACCAGGGCGGGGCGACGCGAGCACGCGCACCGGUGGCGGAGAGCAACCGGAUCUCCUUCCGGGGGGCUUCGAUUGGCUUUGGAAAUAUACCCCCGGCAGUGGCAACAAGCCGGCCAACGGAUCGGACAGGACGUGGACGGGCUUUUGUAGCCGACGAAAGUGCGGCGGGCAUGUUCGGACAGUUUGCCGGGCCCGUGUUUCGGACUUUCGACGAGGGGCUGAGCUUAUCUCCGGUCAGGGUGAAUUCUCCGCCGGCUAGAAGCAGGGCUACAACAGCGGAACAGGCGGACGAAAGUCUGCGGGAGACAAGACCUGGCGCGGCGCAGGAUGCUACAAAACGGGGCCAAAGGAAAAGCGUUAGGAGUGACGAGGAGGGUUGGAUUGAGUUCGAGGACGUUCCAUAUGAGUCGGAGUCAGACGGCAUGCCAGACGCAGUCGAGUUCAACCGUCAUUCACUUCCGCUGAACGAAGAUCGUUUCACGGAUAACCGGCCAGGUCCAAGGAGACAGGGAAGGGGAGCCUACGACGUGGAAGACUUGGCUCGGGCCAGUGCGAGCGCGCACCGCCAUCUACCAGCUGACGGGAGCCAAGCGGCUGCCUCCCGGCAAAACGGGUCAAGCGCUAGCCGUGGGACAGCAGUGCGGCUCCCAAACCGGGUUAGCUAUGACGACAUCCCGAUAACCGCCUCCGCCACGCCGCGCCCCCACCCGGACUUGCACGUGGACGUUCCCAGUCGCUCCAACCCCCCCUCGCAAAACCCGUCUCCUUCCGAGAAUCCCGGAAGGGGUCCCGCCAAGCGCCCGUUCCUACGCGCUCGCUCCGGACGCCUCGGGACGAGCUUCACGAUACCGGACCACCUCAAACUGUCCGUCAACGAGACGCCACGUGGCGCGUCUGGGGACGUGCCAAGUGGCACCACCGGGGACGCGCCAGGUGGCGGCGCCGGCCCUGCUUUAGAUUCUGCGGAGCUCGGGCCGAGCACUGCGCCAGGAAAUCUGGGACGGUCGUUGUUUGCGGACGGGCAUAGGGUCAAGAGGAGGGUUAAGCGUAACCCGCUCGAGGGAGAGAUUUCGAUCUUGGAGAGAGAUGAGGAAGGGGAAGAGAGCGAGGAGCCGCCGAAACGGGCGUUCCUGCAGCGGAAGUCGAAGGCGAUGCCAAUGCAGAAGCUGGAUUGGUCGAAGGUUAAGUCCCUGGUCGAGGCCCGUCUGGACCCUGAAAAGUUUGCCGCCUCGUGUCGCACUGGCGCCUCAAAGAAAGAUGAGCCGCCGCCCCUGCCGGACUACAAAAACGUGAAGAGCCGGCUUCUGGCUUAUCGUGAGCCCAACAAAAAGUAUUCCUCAGUCGAAGAAGAGCCCUCCUUCGAACCAGGCGACCAGGCCCCUUCUCUUAGACUGCCCACGUCGCCACGAAGGAAACCGGGUAAGAGCGCAGCGCGAGACCUGAAACGGAGCGGAUCGGAGGAGAGCUUCGACGGCGGAAAGCGGAACGGACACGUGGCAGCCCGUGAGAGGACGGAGAAGGUUGUGAGGAAUGGGCGGGGGGGUUUGGAGGGCGCCAGAAAAGAGGCGUGGGUGGCCAGUGACACUGACAGCGAGGGGCGGUCUCUCGGAUCUCAGAACCGGAGACCCCCCCGCAAGGCGGAAAGUCGGAAGAAGCAUAAGGGAGACGAGGCGAGCACGCCCCGAAGAACCGGAAGAGGUGCGGCUGGGCGUUUGCAUCAGGAGGGAAGCGAAGAGGAACCCGGAGAGGACGGAGUCGCGAGUCAAGGGGAGCUGUCGUCGACAGGGGAGCUUUUGGAACGGAUGUACCAAAAGUUGCAACGCGAUGGGGGGGUGGAGUUCAGCAGUCUGUUCCCCAGGAGGAGAGGGGGGGAGAGCGUCAUUCCUAGGCUCAGGGGUGACGAGGACAUGUUCAGCGACCAGGGCAACAGCUUGUACAGUCGGCUGACGAGGGAAUCAGGAUUUGACAGGCUCGAGUUGGGCCGUUUGACCUUCGUAGCCGCUUCUGAUGGGCUGAAAGAGCGUUGAUUGAAGCACCGAUGCUUCUCGUGAAUAUAGCUGAUUCGUCAAGAGUAAACGUGAGAUGAGUUGAGAGCAUGCUGGUUUUCAUGGCAGCGAUGAGUGAACCCCUUCAGAUUGGGGGACCUACCAAUUUGUGGACGGUCUUUAAAGACUGCAAAUAUUGUGACUUUGAAACACAGCUUCUGUCGAGAGGGCUUGUAAAAUCAGACUUGCUAUUCUGAUUCAAGGUGGCGCAAGCGGCGGGC